AUGACCUACCAGUUCAUUUGCACUCUAUUGCUGUUGAUCGCAACCGCAAGUAGUAUCUAUGCUAGCGACGACCGGUCAUACGUCGUCUUAGUGAAGGGCAAAGAUGGAAGCGUCAUCUGUGGUGGUGCUUUAUACAAUAAUAGAACCGUUAUUACCGCCGCCACGUGUUUGACUUUCUACGACGUCGAUCAGUUGGUGGUAGGUAUUGUCAGUAGCGGUCAGGACAUCAACAUCGACAAUAAUGGACAUACGUUCAAUAUUGCAUUCGACCCUGCCACACAGGAGAAUGACGUGGCCAUUUUGAGAUUAGCAGAACCCGUAAAUGCCACGUACGUUAAAUUGCCUAGCAAGCAGCCGGUUACCGGUUCCACUGGCGUUCUCACCAUUUGGAGUGCCAAUAAAACGUUGGUAGAUAUAUCUGAAACCAUCAUAACUGCUGACGAUUGUGUUUCUGGCAAAUAUAACUAUGAAGAUGGAGAUCUUUUUGACUCAAUGUUCUGUGGCCUUUCUAAGGAUCAAGCUUGUGGUGCUAUUGCAGGAAGUCCAUUGGUUUCAGAGGGUGAGUUAGUUGGUCUGGCUUCCUGGGGUUAUGGUUGUGCCAACAAAGCUAAUCCAGCCGUUUACACAAACAUUUAUGAAGAGAAGUCCUGGAUUACAUCCACUGUAGAGAGUUGGUAA